AUGGCCGAUAUGCAAAUUGUUCUGGCUAAGGCUUGCAAAAAUGUAGAGGCGCAGUAUGUGGAGAUGAUGGUUCCUCUCUAUUCUCAUGGAUGUGAGAAGAAAGUCAAGAAGACCCUCUCCCAUCUCAAAGGGAUAUACUCGGUGAAGGUGGAUUACGACCAACAAAAGGUGACAGUGUGGGGAAUAUGCAACAAAUACGAUGUGCUUGCAACCGUGAGGAGCAAGAGAAAGGACGCCUGUUUUUGGAACCCCCAAGACAACGCCAUUGCCUUAGAAUUAGAAUCGCAGCCUCCCUCAGACUCAAGCUCUCCUCCAAUUUCAUCAACUUCAAGAUACGCAAACUCUUCUUUAGCUCUGAUCAGGGUUCACUCUCUAAGCUUAAAAUUGAAAGCAUGGAAGAAAGUCUUCACUAGAUCCUACUCGUUACCCUGA